UUUAUAACCACAGAUAGAAAUAAUCGUAUCACACGAGAAAGAUUAAAUAUGUGUAUCGAUGGUAGCUUCCAUUCAGGGAACAGCUGAUCGGGCUAACGUGUUAGCGUGUCCUGCUAAUGUAAACAACAACAGGGCAGGAGGACAUGUUUUAGCUGCAGACAAGGGUUUCAACUUUUUAAUCACCUCCUGAUCACUGUCCCAUUACCGUGAGGCGACAUAUUUGUUAUCAGUAGGUUGCACAUGACAGUUUGAGGGUGUAGCUGAGCUCGUUGUAUCACUCACACCCUCUGUCCUCAGUGUCUGUGCAGGUUCCACAGCUGCCUUCACACGGCUCCCUGCUUUCUACUCAUUUAUUUUGUCAAUACACCGUUUUUAAGGUUAUUAUCAAGAUGCAUGUGCUGCUCCUGAAAGAACCAAGAGAUGGAGAGACUGGACCUGAUCCUUACAUCAAGGAGCUGGCGUCACAUGGUCACAAAGCCACCCUGAUCCCUGUGCUGUCUUUUAAGUUUGUCUCAUUAAACACGUUGUCGGAUAAGCUUUUCCAACCAGAAAAACACGGAGGACUUAUAUUCACCAGUCCAAGAGCGGUAGAGGCCGUGAAGAUGUGCUUAGAGGCUGAAGAAAGAAGGGAGGAGUGGAUCAGCUCUGUGAAAGACAAAUGGAACACCAAGUCCAUCUAUGUGGUCGGGAAGGCAACUGCUGCUUUAGUUCAGAAUCUAGGUCUGAAUCCUUUGGGUGAGGACACAGGGACGGCAGACGUCCUAUCACGCUUUAUCAUUGAACGAGAGGACACAAAUAUUCCACCACUUUUUUUCCCCUGUGGCUCAAUCAAAAGAGAAGUCUUGCCUACGGCUCUGAGGGAAAGUGGAGUUCCCCUAGAGACGCUGACUGUCUAUCAAACAGCUGAACAUCCGGACCUGGAGAAAAACCUGAAGAACUACUUUACAGAGCUGGGAACACCAGCCAGCGUAGCUUUCUUCAGCCCAUCAGGAGUGAAGUUUUGCCUAGAAGUGGUGCGGAGGUUGUCGGGUGAACACCUCACUGAAAUAAAGUUUGCAGCCAUAGGACCGACCACACAAGAUGCAAUGAUGGCAGAAGGCCUGUGUGUCAGCUGCACUGCAGAGAAGCCAACAGCGGAGCACCUGGCUGCAGCGAUGGCCAAAGCUCUUCAGCCACCACCACUUUAAAAUCAUCCACUCUGUCGACUCUAUUUUUUAUAUUCUGUGUUAUUUAUUUGUGUUACCAUUUGUCUGUUGAACUUUACCCUCUCUUCUUAAAAGUUAUAAUGUUUAUUUAAGAUACUUCGCGAAAGAGUAAAGGGGGGUCUUUUGCCAGAGAAGCCACAGAAAUGUGUAUAUGAUUAUAUAUUUAUUUAUGUUGAACAUAAGGAAGCGAUUAUUUUUGAAAAUAAACUUGGAUCAGUUUGGU